AUGUCAUUACUUAGAGAUUUGGUUGAACCUGAAUGCGCUGAACCUAAUGCUUUAGGAGGUUUUGUACAACAAUUUACAUCAAAAAAUACAGGAUUAUAUCAUGAUCAAUGGGAAAGAGAUGGUAGAGAAAGAUUCUAUCAACAACAUGGUGAGGAAUUCGAUGAGAGUCAGUUCGAUGAGUAUUUCAAUGCAGGUGGUGAUCAUUUGCAUCAUGACGAUCUCGAUGCCAUGCUCAAUAGAAAUAUGAUGAGAGACCACCCACAACACAUGAUGUAUCACGGUGACGAAGAGUUGUUUAUGCAUGGUAUUGGUGAACACCAAAGCUCAAUACCAAAAGAGAAACACAGUGAACUACAACAUUUCUUUAAAGAUUUCAUUUCAUCUUCACAGUCACAUCAUUUAUUACCAUCAAUUAAUCUUGGUGAUUUAGGUUUAUCAAAGCUUGAGAAAAAUAUAAUUAAAAGUAGAAGUGAAGUAUUAUUUAGACAAUUGAAUGAAGUUAAGGAUCCAGGAUAUGAAAGUGACCAGCUACAUAGAUUAAUUGAUGCUCUUCAUAUUGAAGAAGAUAAUUUCGAUGAUUUGGAAGAACAUUGGGGAUCCACUGUGAACAAUGGUAUGUUUAAUCCACCACAACAGUUUGGAGAGGAACAUCAAUACAAACAAGAGUAUCCAGACUAUGACGAAGUGGAACAAGAUUACGAUGAAGCCUAUGAGAAUGCUAUUGAGGAAGAUGUUUACGACGAUGAAUGGGAUAAGAUCACUGGUGAAGAUGAUCCAUUUGAAGAUGCUUGGAUCAAUGGCGAGGAUCGUUCGGUUGACGCGGCAUGGGACGAAACAGCAAGGAAAUCACUCACAGAGAUUACGGAAUCGAUCACCAGAAUCAACGAUCCCAAACUGAAACGAUCAAACUUUAUGAAGUUGAUGAAUCAACUACACAGUGGAGAUGCACAAAUCGUUGGAAACACAUUGGUACACAACAAUGAACAGCAGCAACAUACUUCGGAACCGCACCUGGAAGACAUUGGUGAUUCAUGGGUGAAUGACUACUCGGGAUUCACAGACACAGUGUCUGACGAGCGUCUUAGAAUGUAUCAAUUCACCAUCAACGAAUCGCGACCAGAGGACACUUUCGAGGCUGGAAUGGAUCUGUUCAAUCAGGGAUUGAUCACCGAUGCCAUUAUCACGUUGGAGAGCGAAGUCAUGAGAAAUCCAGAGAACUCGGAAGCCUGGAUGUAUCUGGGAAUCGCUCAUGCCGAGAACGAUAAGGAUCAACAGGCAAUCUCUUGUCUGCUGAAGGCAAUCGACCUCGAUCCAACCAACCUGAAAGCGAGAAUGGCACUCUCGGUGAGCUACACCAACGACUACCAGAAGGAGCGCGCACUCGAAACUCUCGAGGAGUGGCUCGUCGGCAAUCCCGCCUACAGUCACAUCAAUUUCUCUGCGAUCGGCAAAGAGGAAGAGGAGUUGUCCACCUUCCAAGACACUUGGAAGCGUCAUCGUCACACGUCAGAGUGGUUCUUGGAGGCGGCACGUCAGCGUCCAAACGAACCGGAUCCCGAGGUGCAAACCGCACUCGGUCUUCUCUACAACAUGUCAUACGAGUACGAGAAGGCAGUCGACUGUUUCAAGGCGGCACUUCAAAACAACUCUACCGACUACCAGCUGUGGAACAAACUCGGUGCCACCCUGGCCAACAGCAAUCGUAGUCAAGAAGCACUCGGCGCCUAUUUCCAAGCGCUCGAACAGAAACCAAGUUAUGUGCGUGCCAGAUCCAAUCUUGGAAUCAGUUAUCUCGCAUUGAACAUGUAUGGAGAGGCCGCACAAACGUUUUUGGGUGCUCUGGCGAUACAUCCAGAGGCAGUACACAUUUGGGAUAAUCUAAAGAUGGUAUUCAGGUUGAUGUCAAGAGAUGAUCUCGUAACAAAAGCAGAGAGAAGAGAUGUCAAUGAUUUUGUAAAUGAUUUCAAAUUCAUAGAGAAGAUGUCAUUUAAUCCUUCAACAAUGUCUGCAUCAUGGUCACCGAAUGUGUUACCUUUAAAUCCACCAAAUACCAAGUUCAGAUGCGAUUACGUAGAUCUGAAAGAUUACCUUGUUUAUUCUAGAAAAGCAAAUGAUUACUUUUUGUAUGAAAUUAAUAAGAUAAAGAGUUUUAAUGAAUGUCAAGAUGUAUGGGAUCGUUUGAAUACAGUAUCGAAUUUAAGACUACAGCUGAUAGAUAAUUGUAUAGGUACGACAGAGAAUGAAAUAAGUCAAUUAACACCACAGAAUAAAGAUGAACUUCGUCAACUUCGACACAAAUUGAAUCUACUUACAAUGGAAAAAGAUGUAGAAACUGUAUUACAAUCAAGUGCAAAGAAGACAUUUCAUAAAAUUUGUAAAUAA